AUGGCGAAGAAGUGGCAAAGAAUUGCGGCCCUCGCUAGGGAAAGGCUCGCGCCGCAAUCGACGUUGGACGAAGAAACCGAAGGAUCUUGCUGCACGUCAGCGUCAGUGGACGACAAAUGCCAUUGCGUCGUGUACUCGGCUGACAGCGGGCGGUUUGAGGUCCCGCUGGCUUACCUUGCCACGGCCAUCUUCGGAGAUCUGCUUCGGAUGUCCCAGGAGGAAUUUGGGUUCGCCUGCGGAGUCGACGGCAGGAGGAUCACCCUGCCCUGUGACGCGGCAGUGAUGGAGUAUGUGGUGUGUUUGCUCAGGAGAGGGGCCUCGGAGGAGGUUGAGACGGCGUUCCUGAGCUCCAUGGCGAGGCCUUGCCGCUUUGGUAAUGGCCUGGCGCAAUUCAUGGGAUCUGGCCAAACAAGCUGCUGUUAUUAG